CUACCCUUUGGUUGUGGUGGUAGCACUGCUGGUGGCGCCUGUCAGCUCAGCUGUGACGACAAGAAAGCUAAGUUUAGCAGCGAAUGUGUAACGAUGAUUAAUGUAUGUAUUAGAAAAUGAUUUUUCAAUAAAAGAUGUUUUCAACAGUCGCAUGAUCUCUUCAUCAUCACUGUAAAAUUAUCGCAAGGCACGUCAAUCAAGAGUUGUUGGUGUAUUUAGAAGAAAAAUGUUUUGCGGGAAAUUGAUGUUAUUUGAUUAUCGGAAUUUUUGUCAACAUGGCUAAAGAGAAUGAUGAAGCUAUCUAUAAUGCUCUGCUAAUUCCAGAAAGGAGUUCAAGCACACCCACAAAUGAUAAUCAUGAUCCUGGAAGCCACCCAGAUGAAAGGCAGAAGACAAAAUCAGUUAUUAAUAUGCUUGGCAUUAUACCUGAGCUUCUGUUGCCUGAUGACUGGAUUGCUGUCUAUCACGAAAGUGGAGGCAUUGUCUAUUUGCACAAGAAGUCUAGAGUGGUAACCUGGUCUAGGCCCUAUUAUAUAGGAAACGGAAGUCUAAGGAAGCACAAGGUUCCAGUCGUUGCAAUUCCAUGUAUGCACCAAAUCCUUGGUCUUCAGACUAAAACUGCGAAAAGAAAGCGCUCAUCAAGCAGUGAAAAUUUGCCGGAAAAGCGGUCCAAAGUUGACAAUACCGAUGAGGAGCGAUGCGUAGUUGGAGAGGACGGAAUAGAGACAGAGGAGAAUACAAAGCUACCGACUGAAAGUGUUGACCGGAGUGCAACAGUCGAUUAUAUAAGUCCAGUUUGUUGUCAACAGCAAAAAGAGUCAAUUGGAAGCCUCUGUGAAGAUAGUUGUACUGGACGGAAAGAAGAGUCAAAUGAAGAUGCUGGUUCAUUUAAGGGUGUUUGUGGUGGCGUGAAAAACGGUGCAGAGGCCAGGCUUUUAAGUGAGCUUUCCGAGGGCAAGCAUUCGCAGGGAGAACUGGAGCCAGGUAAGCUAAGGCACAACAAAGAGUAUUUUGAAAGUCAAGAGCCAAUUAUAGCAACCAAAAUGAUUGAUAACAUCGAAGUCAUUGAUCUGGAGGAUAUGCAAAUGUAUCUUGGGAGAGUAUUCGAUUUUAAAAAGAUUACCGAGGAUGAAGCAAGGAUGACAGUUUUUGGAGAGGGAUAUCAAAUUGAAGCUAAGCCAGAACUGCCUAGUGUUUUAAAGGCCGUCCCAUUUGCAACUGUGUAUCGAACGAAGAAUAAGUUUGCCGUCACACCUGGGAAGACGCCGUUGGCAAUUUUAACGGAAUUUUGCAGUAAAGAGCUGAAGAAACCCCUUGAUAUGGUUGAUGUAAAGGGUAAAGGCGACCAGUAUGUUGUUGAGGUUGUGAUUGAUGGUUUAAAGUACGGACAGGGCGAGGGAAGAUCAAAGAAAGUUGCGAGGCAGGUUGCGGCAGAAAAAACGAUGGAGAUAUUGCUGCCGAAACAAUUCGAAGAAAUGAAAAAUUUCGAGUUUACGGAAAAAGAAUUUUCGGUUUUUGACGGUUUGGACAUAGAAGACCCUUCCGUUGCUGACUGUGCAAGAUCGGUCGGCCUCCCAGCGCCCGCUGAAGUGCUUUCCACGUGCUUGAAAAGAAAUCGUGGCCUCUGUGAUGCAGACAUUGAGUUUAAGUUGAUUGAAGGCGCUGGUAAUGAUCCUCACACCUACGAAAUAACAUGUGGAAAGCACACUGCGACCGGGAAAUGCAAAAAUAGAAAAACUGGAAAGCAUCUUGCUGCACAAGCAAUACUAAAGAAAAUUCACCCAAAAUUGGAAAAGUGGGGUCAGCUUGUCAGAAUGUACUGCAAUGCAUCAACAAAGUUCAUCAGAGAUUCUAAGAAACUGAAAAGUGACAAGGAAUUUUCCGAAUUGCCUCGUGCAAAUCCUGACCUCAUGUUGAAGCUAAAGAGAGAAAUGAGGCUAUUGGAGAAAAGUCGACACGAAUCAGUCGAAACUUCAACGUCACAGCUUCCUUCGACGUCAUCUAUUCCCUCAGGGGACUUGGAUCUUGGAUGAUUUGUUGCGCGCAAAUAAAGUUAUUCCAAUCUGGUUAAACAUCAACCGUUUGCCAAAUAAAUUUGGUUUAACAAAUUUGGCUAAUUUUAUUAACAACUAUUUAUCGCCACCUCUGUGCAAAAACGAUAUUCAAAUUGGUUAUUUAGGGUUGUGCUAGCUAGCUUCCAAUAUCUUGUAGAUAGAGUUAUUAAUGUGCUGGUUGCCGAAAGAAUUCGAUUCAUUUCAUACUAGACUGAAAAACAUAAUACAGUUAAGGAGACCUAAUUUAUAUGAAGUGAUUGUGGCCUCGAAAAUCAUGCAUUUCGUGUGCUUGAGAGAGCUACGGGUUGUAUGGGUUCCAUAUUUUGCCAUUCUACAGGUUCUACUUUUAUGAGAAACGGGUGGGUCUUUAUUUUUCGUAUGGUUAGAUAUUGAUACUAUUGUGAGCAAACUUUGAUGGUGCACUCCUUGAAAUUGUAGAAAGUAAAAAGCUUGAAGCAGUGGCGGACACCUGGGGGCGAUGGCCCCCAACACUUUGAAAGACAAACAAUGGGAAAGUAUGACACCAUCUUAUCAAAGCAAUUAACUCGCCCCCCCCUCCCCCCUAUAAUUGGCCAAGUGUCCGUUACUGCUGAAAAGCCAGAUUAAUUACAAACUCACUGGUAUGAAUUGAUUUCAUUUUUAUGAAAUUUUUGGCCAGCUUUCUAUCUCGUUUGGAGAUAACGUAUCCUAAGUAGUGAGUCUGUUAUCCAGGUUAGAGAUAACGCUGAACAACUGUAUAAUACAAUGUUAUUUUCAAUUACCCUAAGUUAUUCUCUUUACAAAGUCUGGCCUCGUCUUUCUCUAGCAAGUUCAUAUAAAAUGUAUCAUUUUGGAGCUACAAAAAUGAACUGUGAAUGAAUUUGACGUUAUUAGUGUCAGAGCCCCUUCCUCCAGCCUGUAAGAUACUAUUCACCCAAAAUGACUUUGUAUAACGAAAAAAGAAUUGACAUAAAUUAUCAUAUAUAAGCUACACGUGUCCAGACCUAUUACAGCCUGAAAAUCCAGAAUUUGGCUUCUUCCUGUUUGAUUUGCCGAGUAUGUAGUAUAAUGAUUUGGAGUUUUCAAACUUAAAAGGGUCAUUGAUUUUAAUGGGGUUGGGGGUCGAAUUAUACCCCUUUUGUUUGUCGUAGGGUAGAGAGUGUACUGUCUGUUGAAGACCUUCUAUUUAUGUUUAUUUGUAUUAUGCAGACGUCCUUCAUCGUAAAAGAGUGAUAUUGAAGUG